UCGAGUUGGCCAGAGGGCUUGUCCUGUGCGUUUUGAAAGUAGUUUAAUGUAUUAACGUAAUGGCAGACACGAGAAAACGACUAGCACCCUUGGCUCUUCCUCCCCACCGCCGGGAGACGGAGCCAGGCGGCCGGACCAGCAAACUUAUGUUGCUGCUGUUACAGGGUUAGACCCAGCGCUACCGCUGUUUUCUCAUUUCUGCCAUCAAUAAAUGAACGAAGCGUACACGGACCAAGCAAACCCAAAUGAAGCUAAUUCACAGAAGCAGAGCAGUACAGCAGUGAGCCAGUGGAGUCUAAUAGGAGUUUAAUGUAAUUUUUCCAAGUGGGGAAACUAGCGACAGUUUGGAGAUGGAGAGGGAGGAGCUUCUCAACGAGGUGAAGAAGAAAAACAACCACAAGGUGAUUCAAGAAAAAAUGACCAAAACGUUCUCUUAUCGAAGGCUCGAGGUUGUGACUGGUAGUCCUGCUGCUGGUGACUUCAAAGAGAGAUGGCCUGCUUUGUUUUGUGAAGCUGAGAUAAAGGCGGAAUUCGGGCGAAUAACUACAAUUUCGCUGGAGCAGAGCUUCAUGUACAAACUCGACCACUACACACCAAAACGUAUUGCCCUGAUGAAGGCCAAGGGAGGAGUCCUCGGGACCAAGCUGAGGCCGUUCCUGGAAAAACUGAGUCAGAACCAAAGCAUUGACAUGAGGCGUGACUCUGUCAUCCGCAGCCUCAUACUCUACCUUGGCGAAAAACAACAGGACCUUUUUGAAGAUUGCCUGGAGGACAGCCGCAGUGAUGCAACUGAACACGUCCUGAAGAUCCUGGUUGUCCAUGGUGCCAAUGGAGAGGAUCCAGUGGAUGCAGCCCUCCUGCUUGAAGGCAGAGAGAUGAUGCCAGGAUGCGGCAGUACUGCCGAGGCAUGCACGCUGCUUAUGGGGCUGAUUUAUGCCUUAAACCUGGCAUACCCCUCAACACUGCGCUACACUUUUGAGGUGUUCCAGAAACUUUUUCUCAGACUGGAUUGGAUUAAGCGGACCCUAAAAGUACAAGCUUUGAAGGUGAACCUGCUGUCUUAAAGACAUGGCAAAAAACAAUCUUGGAUCGUACAUCCCAACUGACUUCUUCAUAUGUACCUUCCACUGUCCAUGUUGCAAUUGCUCAGUUUCAGGGAGCUGUAUCAAUCUCUGUCCCCCCCCUCUGCCAUUUUUUUCUUUCUCCGUAUAAACGUUUCUCCCUCUUUCUCUUUCUCUCUCACAUGGAUUACAGUUGUUGCCGUCUUUUCAUAUUCUGUUUUUUCCCCAUCCUUAGGUAAAGAAACGUUUGUAUUGAAUGUUUAAAAAGCACCACUCCAAAUCUAUGAUGGAGUAGAUUUGUCUUGUGGCAGUGAUAUUUUUAUUUUAUAGAUUUUUUGAUAAGUUAAUGUUAUUAUAAUGUUAAUGUUGCAUCCAGUUAUUAUAAUGUUAAUGUUGCAUCCAGUUAUUAUAAUGUUAAUGUUGCAUCCAGUUAUUAUAAUGUUAAUGUUGUCGGUUAAUAGCGAUUGAA